UACUACGACCCGCACACAAACGAGUACUUUUUCGAUAGGAACCGACAGGUGUUCGACGCCAUACUAUACUACUACCAAUUGGGCGGUCGGUUACGACGGCCGGUGAACGUGCCCUUGGACAUUUUUGUGGAGGAGGUGAAAUUUUUUGAACUAGGUGAAGCGGCGUUCAACAAAUUCCGGGAAGAUGAGGGUUUUGUGAAGGAAAAAGAGAAACCUUUACCAAAAAACGAGUUAAAACGCAAAAUAUGGCUAUUAUUUGAAUACCCGGAGUCGAGCCAAUCGGCCAGGGUGGUGGCAAUUAUAUCGGUUGUCGUGAUCAUAUUGAGCAUACUGAUUUUUUGCCUGGAAACACUGCCCGAGUUUAAACAUUAUAAGAUAUUUAACAUAACCGACUCGAAUAUAAGCAGGGUGGUGGAGGAUGAAGUGCCCUCGCUCACCGAGCCGUUUUUUAUCAUCGAAACCGUGUGUAUUAUUUGGUUUUCCGUCGAGUUUAUCAUCAGGUUUUUGACCUGUCCGUCGCAAAUUGUUUUUCUUAAGGACAUAAUGAACGCGAUCGAUUUCUUCGCGAUCGUCCCAUACUUCGUAACGUUGGCCACAAUGUUGGCCGAAAAGCCUGAGGAGACCCCGCAGUACCACUCGGCGGACACCGACUCCAAGUCCUCGCAAUCCUCGUCGCUGGCAAUCCUACGUGUGAUACGACUCGUGCGUGUGUUUCGUAUAUUCAAACUCUCGCGCCAUUCAAAAGGCCUACAAAUACUAGGCAUGACAUUGAAGGCCAGCAUGAAAGAACUGGCCUUGCUCAUAUUUUUCCUACUCAUCGGAGUGGUGCUGUUCUCGUCGGCCGUCUACUACGCCGAGGCCGACAGCGAUCGGUCAAACUUCAAGUCAAUACCCGACGCGUUUUGGUGGGCGGUGGUCACGAUGACCACGGUGGGUUAUGGCGAUAUGCGCCCGGUGGGCGUGUGGGGCAAAGUGGUCGGUUCCCUGUGCGCCAUCGCCGGUGUGCUCACCAUCGCCCUACCGGUGCCGGUAAUUGUGUCCAAUUUUAACUAUUUCUAUCACCGCGAGACCGACCAAGAGGAUUUGCAAUCUACCAAUUUCAACCAUGUUAAAUCGUGCCCCUACCUGCCCGGCUACGUGGGCACCAAUAAGCUCAGGCGCACCUCAUAUAGCGACUCAAACAUCACUCGUAGCGAACCCGAGCUCAAUGAGGGCACCGAUGGCGAGGAGUUGGACGACAAACCCGCCAACGAUGGCAAUGAUGGUGAUAAUGGAGGGGGUGGGGGUCCGCCCGGUGCUGGUGAUCAACAGUAUAGACUGCCACCACAACAGACUCAACAAACGCCGGGUCCGCCACCACUGCAACGUCAGGGCAGUAAACGCCGUAACACUAGUGUGGGUUCGGCCGGCAGUGGCAGUGCGGGCAGCGCUGGCAGUCCCGGCAGUGCCGGUGCCGGCACCACAACACCGCCACCCCGUCUGUCGGUGACCCUAUCGCCGGACUCGCCGACCGGCAAACCGGGUUCGCUGAACUGUUCGUCCCGCCGGUCGUCGUCGCCCCGACCCGACUCUCCCCGCACGCCGUCGACGCCCACCACUCCCACGAGUGCCAAACCUCAAUACGAUAGGGCGCCCGGCGGGAGGCGUAUGUCACAUCACGGACCGCCCAAGGUCAAUUUAAGGGCCAAACACACUAUGAUCAACAUUAUAGCCCUCAUGUUUCAUAUAUUUGUU